CAAGUCUCAUUAUAUCACCGUCCCCAUCUGUCUUCCUUCUCUCUGGCUUCAAUCUUAACACUCCCAAACGCACCACAACAUGCCAAGCUGCUGCCCUUGAUGAAAUUUCCAUGAGAAUCCCCCACCUUCUUUGAUCAUAAUUCAACCCCAGUUCAUAAUCGACGCAUAUCAACCCAUCUCUUUGAUCCUAUCUCACUUCCAAGCUUCCACAUCUUUGAAAUGGAUUUGGAAGAAUGGGAGGUUUUGCCUCAUGGGGGGUUUCUUGAUUACCAUGAAGAUGGUGACAAUAAGAGUUCUGCAGCAAGCAGACGCAGUUCCAGUUUAAAGAGUGUGUUUGAUAUGAACUACUUUGUUUGCCCAUCUUCUUCGCCUCCGAGAAACUCGAGGAUGGUGCCUAAUCAGCUUGUCCCAGUUCCUUUUCAGUUGGAACCGACAACAAUCAUAACUGGUAAGGAACAAGAAGACAAAUCAAAAGCUAUUGAAAUAAGAGUUGUGCCUUUGCCAGAUGUUAAAGGUCCUGAUAUAGCUUCAAAAGAAGCUAAUCAAGACCCAGUUUCCCAAGUUUUCUUCAAGAAAAUGAAGGAAAAUGAAUUUGUCGACAUGAAAAUUGAUUCUCCCAAGUCCCCAACAAGCAAAAGUUUUACCCCUCCUCAAAUUGAUGCUGCCAAGUUUAAUUUUGAUGAUAAAGGUGAGACCUCGGAGAGCGUCAGUUCUCCAAGAUUGAAGAAUGAAAAAGAAAUUCUGGAAGUUGAGGAAGUUAGCUGGGAGGAGAAUAGUGGUGGCUUGAAUUUAUGGAAGUGGAGCUUGAAUGGAAUUGGAGCAAUUUGCUCCUUUGGCGUUGCAGCUGCUACCGUUUGUAUUAUUAUUUUUGGAAGCCAUCAAAGAAACAAACAGCAGCAGAACCAAAGGCUGAGGUUCCAGAUUUACAGUGAUGACAAGAGGAUUAAGCAAGUGGUUCAGCAUGCAGCAAAAUUCAAUGAAGCAAUUACAACAGUAAGAGGAGUUCCCAUUGCUAGAGCUCACAUAUCUUUUGGAGGUUAUUAUGAUGGCCUUUGAACCAAAAUUCCUGUUGCUUUCAGUUGUGGGAAUGAAUCUGUUAUGCCUAUAUUUAAGCUUUUAUUUCAGGUUUUUCAUAUUUUGUACAGAAAAAAAAAAGGGAGAGGGAGAGGUUCCUGUCUGCAGUAGAGAUUCCUCUUUAUUGUGAUGCACUAUCAGCCCUAGAUAGCGGACAAAACGUUAUGUAUUUACACAGUAAAUUUAUAUGAAUUCUAAGUUAAAAGGUUUAUAUUUUGAA